ACGAUUUUGGCAUUUUCUCCCGAACUACCGUGACCUGCACCUCGAUCCUCGAGGUAUACUAUAUAAAACCACAUUCUCUUCCCAGACAACCUAUCUCUUAUAUCAGCUGAGGAGAAACUUUCCUAUACAGUCCCUUCCAGAAUUACGAUGAUCGAAACGAUCUACAUUGCGAGACAUGGCUUUAGAUUAAAUUGGGUGACUACAAACUGGAAAAGUGUAACAGGCCUUCCUAGAGAUCCACCUUUGGCUGCCUAUGGCGAAACGCAAGCUCAAGAACUCGCCGCAUAUUUUUCCUCGUUACCAGCAGAGAAACGUCCGACUGCAAUAUUCUCCUCCCCUUACUACCGCUGCCUACAGACAUCGAAGCCUACCUCUCAGUCCCUUGAUGUCCCAAUCUACGUCGAGCACGGUCUUUCCGAGUGGUAUUCUCCCGUAGCUGCAGGCACCGGCUUGCACCCACGUCCAUCCUCCGCUUCGACUCUCAAGACUCACUUCCCCGAAAUCGAUCCAUCGUGGUCUUCCAUAUGGUAUCCCUCUCGCAGAGGAGAAGACGUGGAUGAAAUCCAUGAUCGCGUCGAUGGCCUGUUAAAGCUUCUCGUUUCCGAGGUAGAAGAACGUUUUCAGAACAAACAUACCCACAUUCUACUCGUCAGUCAUGCAGCGACAUGCAUCGCACUCACCAGGGAACUGAUCGGCGAUCGGGAGCUUGCACUGAGAAUAGGGUGCUGUUCUCUGACAGAGAUGGUACGGAAAGAAGGUGCCGGUGGGGUUCUGGGAGGUUGGGAAGCUAAGAGCCUUGCUGAUGGAAGUCAUUUGCGUGAAGGUGCUUCGAGGGACUGGGGUUUCGAGGAUAUUCAAAUCACGAAUGGCAAGGUCAUUGACGAUGUGGGGGUACCGGGGACAGAAAGCGAAACAGAUGAUAACUCUGGGCCCCAGCCACAGCGUAGCAGCCUAUAGAUUAUACUACUAAGAAUGACCUGCACUAUAGAUUUGUUUGAUUGCAAUCAAAUUCAUUUCAA